AUGGCAGACAACUCCAAACACAAGGCUUUCCCAGACGUCUCGUCGAAGCUGUCUGCCCCGGCCAAGAAGUCGCUCUUUGAACGCCAGAAAGCCGAAGCCGAAGCCAAACGUGCCCGCGAACGCGCCGAGACAGCUGCGGUGUACGAGGACUUUGUCAAAUCUUUCGAAGAUGAUUCCCCGGCCCCUGAGCGCUCGACAUUUGAGGGAAAGCAGAAUAGAUUUGCGAACAGGAACACUGGCUUUGGAGGGCCUGCAAAACGACAUUUCACGAGCUCCGGUCCGCGCAUGAGUGGUCCUGGGACGCUGGGACCGCCUCCAACAUCACUCUCUCGAAAACGCAACCACGAAGGCUUUCAACCAUUACAUAGGAAUUGGGAAUCUGCGCAGGGGACGCUGGGAUUUGAUAAUGCAGCCGGUGCGGCUAAGUCCGCUUUUCGCGCAUCGGACGAUGAGGAUGAGGGUAGUGCGGACGCGAAGGAGGCUGAGAGGGCUGCGGCUAAGCCGACAUUGUAUCUUGCGUCUCUUCCCCCUGGGACCUCUCAAUCUGUGGUCAAGGCUCUAAUACCUACGGUGUUGACCGUCGACAAUGUCAAAUUCCUACGGCCCUCGGGCCAGACCGCCACCGAACGCAAGUCGGUCUCAGCCAUUGUGACCCUUGCAAGUGAAUCCGCUGCAUCUGAUAUUGAUAGCAGUGUCAGUGCAUUGCAGAACCGGUAUCUCGGGUGGGGCUACUAUUUGUCUAUUUCAAGGCAUCUAUCAUCCGCUGCGAUUGGUUCGACAGUUGCCAUCGGGCCCUCCUCCACAGGCUCCCUUCCAUUUGGAGCAAAGCCGGUAGCCCCGGAGCUGGGGGGUCGACUUAACCGUGCACCACCGCCUGGUCUGCAUCGGGGUGGCUUCGCUCCUCCGAGCUCCUAUGGGCCAUCUUAUGGUGGCAGCAGCUCUACUCUGCAAGUGGAAGUGAAAGCACCCUCUGAUUUGAAGCAGCUUAGACUUAUCCACAAAACCUUGGAGAAUUUGCUAAACUACGGCCCCGAGUUCGAGGCCCUUCUCAUGAGCCGACCAGAAGUCCAGAAGGAGGAGAAAUGGGCGUGGCUAUGGGAUGCAAGAAGCCCCGGCGGAGUAUACUAUCGAUGGAAAUUAUGGGAUAUUAUCACAAAUAGCCGCUCCAAAGACCAACGAGGACACUCACAAAAUCCUUUCCCGAUCUUUGAAGGCGGCGCAAUGUGGAUUCCUCAGGACAAGCUUACAUUCGAGUAUACUACUCGACUAGAUGAACUCGUGUCUGACGAAGACUACGACUCGUCGGAUGAGGACAUAUCCGAUGGAGAGGACGACCGACGGCAACAUGGUGGGCCGCCUCCCACCGACGGCAUUGGAACAGGAAAUGAAGGCUUAGGCCAUAUGAAUCCUUUGAAGAAGGCGAAGUUGGCUCACCUCCUGGCACGACUUCCUACCACUCAUGCAAAGCUACGCAAAGGUGAUGUGGCACGAGUCACCGCAUUCGCCAUUAAACACGCAGGUGCCGGGGCCGACGAGGUGGUUGAAAUGAUUGUGUCAAACAUUAUUGAGCCUUUUGUCUACACUGGGGCGAACCCUGAUCGUGAGCUGGAGAAAGGGCUCGCUCGAAAAGAGCAGAAUGGUGAUGGCGCCAAUGCAGCGCCAACAGAUAAGGCAGGGAAAGAAAAACUAGAUACGUCCUCCGCGAAGUUGGUUGGACUGUAUCUGAUCUCUGAUAUCCUCUCCUCAUCCGCCACCAGCGGGGUACGGCAUGCCUGGCGAUAUCGGCAGCUGUUCGAAUCAGCAUUGAAAACGCAUAAAGUAUUCGAACACCUAGGGAGACUUGAAAAAGAUCUGAGCUGGGGACGGCUGAGGGCAGAGAAGUGGAAGCGCAGUAUAGGCUCUCUUUUACAUCUUUGGGAAGGGUGGUGCGUAUUUCCACAGUCGAGCCAGGAGCAUUUCUUCCAGGUGUUCGAAAAGCCACCGCUCACGGAAGAAGAGCUGCGAGAGGAGAAGGAGAAAGCAGAGUCUGAACGAGCAGCUGCCGCAGUUUCCAAGAACAAGAGCCGCUGGAAGGCUGUUGACGAGGAUUCAUCUGCUGCUGCUCGCUUUGAACCAGGCGGUUCUUCAGAAGGCAAACCCCCUUCGGCGGAGGUCCAUCAAGAGGUUGCUGAAGAUAUGGACAUCGACGGUGCGGCGAUGAGUGAUAUUGAUGGCGAACCAAUGGAAGAUAGCGAUCUAGAAGACAUUGAUGAAGAUGAAAACCCGCGCGAGGAGAUCGAAGAGGAAGAUAAACCAAAAGAGCAGCCUCAGACAAAAUCUGAAAAACCCCCAGAAAUACCAGCUGGGCCCGUUCGCAAACCACGGCCCAAAGCGGAGGACAUGUUUGCGGACUCGGACUCGGACUCAGAAGGCAGGAUAGAGUAG